UUUCUCUUCAUACACUGACGUUUGCCCGUGUUUUCCGGGUCAGGUUCAUAGUGAGUGAGUGCGUGGCUGCUGCUGAGACACAGGAUCACUUUCCUGCAGCCGCUGUGUGUCAGUGUGUCUCCUCCCCCGGUGCUCGCCGCUGUGCAUGCCGGGCUCUUGUGUGGCCGGUGCUCGGGGCUCUGCCCGCCCGGGAGAUGCUGUUGUUGCUGCCGCUGGACGAGUGACCUCAGCAGCUUCAUUAAAUGUAUGCAAUGGCCUCCAGCCACAGUUCUUCACUAGUGCCUCAUUCCAACAGCAACAAAGCUUUUUACAAAAAGGGUCUUGAGCCCGCUCAGCAAGUGGGAAUGGUGCGAUCACUGCCUGAUGUCUGCCCCAAGGAGCCUACAGGUGAUACUAAAAGUUUGCGUGAUGAACCAUCUGUAGUUGCAGAUCAGCACAAAUGGACAAUAUAUCAUUCCAAAGUAAAUCUUCCGGCAGCAUUAAAUGACCCCCGCCUCGCAAAAAGGGAGUCCGAUUUUUUCACAAAGACGUGGGGGCAAGACUUUAUGGAAAGUGAAGUCUUACCAUCACCCUACCUCCCAGCAAUUACUAAGGAACAGUUUUUAUCAUACUCGCAGCAAACCAUCACUAGAGAAAAAAGUCAUGAAAAAUGGAAGAGUGUUUGCCCAUUAAAGGAAGACUUUGACAGACCAGCCUAUUCCCAUGUACUCAAAUCCAGAGCAGAUCUGGAACAAGUACCUAAGAUUUUUAUGAAACCAGACUUUGCCUUGGAGGACUCCUUAACAUUUAAUGCUGUUUUACCAUGGUCUCAUUUUAGCAGUGCUGGGGGAAAAGGAAGCAGAGAUGCAGCAUCCUCCAAAUUGCUUCAAGAAAAGCUAAGCCACUACUUGGAUAUUGUUGAGGUGAACAUCGCUCAUCAAAUCUCCUUGCGUUCUGAAGCAUUUUUUCAUGCUAUGACCUCUCAACAUGAGCUGCAGGACUACCUCAGGAAGACUUCCCAGGCUGUGAAAAUGCUGCGGGACAAGAUCUCUCAGAUAGACAGAGUCAUGUGUGAAGGAUCUCUGCGAAUCCUGCGGCAAGCACUGACCAGGAACAAUUGCAUUAAAAUAUACAAUAAGCUCAAGUUAAUGGCUACAGUGCAUCAAACUCAGCCUACUGUACAGCUUCUAUUAUCAACCUCUGAGUAUGUAGGAGCUUUGGACUUAAUAGCAACAACACAAGAGGUUUUGCAGCAGGAAUUACAGGGUAUUCACAGUUUUCGACAUCUCAGCUCACAACUUUGUGAAUUGGAAAAACUGAUUGAUAAAAUGAUCAUCUCCGAAUUUACAUCAUAUGCUCGCAGUGAUUUAAACAGACUAUUGGAAGAGGACAGCCAUGUAGUUGAAGAGGAACGGCUGGUGUCCCUGGUAUUUGGCAUGUUGAAGCAGCGAAAACUGGAUUUCUUUGAGAUCUACUCAGAAGAAAUGAUGGCAACAGCAAAAACUAUCAUCAAGCAGUGUGUGGUUAACACUGUGUCACAGAUUGAUGAAAUAGACUCAGAAAUUGUUGCAAAGCUUACUGAUCAGAUUCGGAUGAUGAGUUUUUCUCAGUGGUUUGGCUUGCUUGAGAAUAUUUUUUCUAAGUUUACGAUUUUUAUUCAAAGAGUUAAGGCAACGCUAAGUGUCAUCCGUAAUGUAGUGCUGAUGGUUUUAGAUAAAAAUCAGCGAGUGAGAGAAAUGGAAAUAUUGGCAGCUCAACAGAGUAUCAGGAGGGAAAGCAAUGUGGACAACGAUCUGGCGUACUUGACGCAUGAAGGCUUGUUUAUAAGUGAUGCUUUCAGCGAAGGUGAGCUUCCCAAUGCUGCUGCCAACACUAACUUUCAAAGGAAUGCAUCACCCAGCAGCAGCAGCGAGCCCUCUGGCAGCGAUAUAGUAUCUGAUCCUGAAUGCACUACAGACUCUUCUUCCAGCAAAGAACACACACUGCCUUCUGUUACUCCAGGGGGAAUAGAGAUAAUUCUAAAUGAAGAAAUGAAGUUAACUGACCUGGAACUUGGUAAAAUUGCCAACAGUAUACAGGAAUUACUGUACGAUGCAUCUGACAUCUGCCACGACCGCUGCAGCAAGUUCCUCCUAGCAAGGGCUAAGGAGGGGUUUCUUGAGAAGCUGAACUCUGCUGAAUUUGUGUCCCUCUCGCGGGCAGUUGAAGCAUUUGUUUUGGACACUGAAAAGAUCUGUGGUCGAAGGAGCAUGUCACUGAGAGGGGCGCUGCAAAGCCAAGCCAACAAAUUUGUGAAUCGGUUCCAUGAUGAAAGAAAAACUAAACUGAGCCUCUUGCUUGAUAACGAACGCUGGAAACAAGCGGAUGUCCCAGCUGAAUUUCAGGACUUGGUAGACUCUAUAAAGGAUGGUAAAAUAUUGCUUCCUGAGAGAAAAUCUGGAGGUACAGAAGAAAGGAAGCCCACAGACUUUCUUACAGUGGAUGGACAGAAGUAUGCGGUGAUUGGCACGGUGCUACUUUUGAUCAGAAUCAUUCUCGAGUACUGCAGCUGUGUGGAUGACAUCCCUUCGGUAACUACAGACAUGUUGACUCGGCUGUCUGAUCUCUUAAAGUAUUUUAAUUCACGGAGUUGCCAGUUAGUUCUGGGAGCAGGAGCAUUGCAAGUGGUUGGCCUGAAGACAAUAACCACCAAGAACCUUGCCUUGUCUUCGCGUUGCUUGCAGCUUAUAGUUCACUAUAUUCCUCUAAUAAGAGCCCACUUUGAAGCCCGGAUGCAGCCUAAGCAGUAUAGCAUGCUCCGCCAUUUUGACCAUAUAACCAAGGACUACAAUGACCACAUUUCAGAGAUUUCUGCCAAGCUUGUGACAAUAAUGGACGGCCUGUUUGAAAAGCUGCUUUCCAAGUAUGAGGUAAAAGCCCCAGUCCCUUCUACGUGUUUUAGAACCAUCUGCAAGCAAAUGGGCAAAAUGCAUGAGGCCAUUUAUGACCUUCUUCCUGAAGAGCAAACGCAAGCUCUGUUUCUUAAAAUAAAUUCAAGCUACAUAUUUCAUUUGAAGCGACAGUUGUGUCAUUUAAAUGUCAGCAAUGAUGGGGGACCACAGCAUGGAUUGGUGGCAGCAGACAUUGCAUUCUACACCGAGAAUGUACAGGCUCUGAAAGGCCUGAAAGAUCUGGAUCUCAGCUUGGCUGAAAUUUGGGAGCAGAAAAGGUGAAAACCAAAAGAAGAAACUUGAAAACCCAAAUGUAUCAGGACUGAGAGUUUUGCCUUUUAGGCCGAAGAACAACUGAAAAGCUGGAAGGAUCUCCGAAUCCAGUAACUGGAUCUGGCCUGUCAGGUCUUGCCCUUUCCAUCGGCCUCAGUGGAAACAAAUGAUCGGCUGACUUACAUCGUUUUCAUUUUCUUUGGAAACGGGCUCAGGUUUCUUUGGACCAAAUCCAACAAGCGCAUGGCUGUAACCCAGCUCCCCUCAAGGAGACUCUUUCUCUCCAUUUCUCUAUAUUCUGCCAGGAACACCGUGCUCUACAAACACUUUCACUGUUCUCUUAAGGGCAGUGACAAUGUAGAUUCUUUCCAAUGAAAGUUGUAAAAUAUAUCUUCUUUUUUCUUAAUUAUUUUGGAAACAAAAUCUAAAGAAAUUUACAGAUCACAACAGAUGGGUGGUGUUAAUGCAAAUGACCAGAGGAUUGCAUUGCAGCACUCCAGCAGCAGAGGGGUUAAGGGCCUUACAUUCAUUUCCUUCUUAUUUCUCCUUUACUGGAUGCUUCAGUUCCAGAGCUGCUCCCGGCUUGCUUUUUCUGCAUGAUGGAGCCAUUGCUUCUACCUUUAUAGCUUUCAGCCACAGGACUUCCCUUUGGGUUUGCGCAGUAGUGCUGAGAGAGCAUUAUUUCCCCUUUACCUAUCGGUGCUUUGAUUCGAUUGUCACUUAUGAAAUGUCUGGGGACUUGCUACAAACUGCUGGGAUUUUCAAUCAGUAUUUUUGUACGAUCAUUUUUUUUAACUUAAGGUAUUUUUGCCUUUGCUGCAUUUGUUGGGGCGAAGGUAUUUAUUUGCAGUAUCUGCUAUUGACGUGGAUAAUUUUCCGGUUGCAUUUUUAAGUAAAUUUGACUUAAUUAAGAA